GAGUUUACUGUUGAGUAGAAAACAUUGAUCAGCAACGAUGAGUGGAAGAGGCAAAGGAGGAAAAGGACUCGGUAAAGGAGGCGCAAAGCGUCACCGUAAAGUUCUCCGUGAUAACAUCCAGGGAAUCACCAAGCCCGCUAUCCGCCGUCUGGCUCGCCGUGGUGGAGUGAAGCGUAUCUCCGGUCUGAUCUACGAGGAGACCCGCGGUGUGUUGAAGGUGUUCCUGGAGAAUGUGAUCCGUGAUGCCGUCACCUACACCGAGCACGCCAAGAGGAAGACCGUGACCGCCAUGGAUGUGGUGUAUGCUCUGAAGAGACAGGGACGCACUCUGUACGGCUUCGGUGGAUAA